GUUCAUAACCGCCUGGAAGACUUGAUAACUAGCUUACGGACAACACAGGCAGCUGCAGAGGACCACCACCAUCAACAGAUGCAAAAACAGAAUGUGCUGACUAUGACAUCAAAGGACUUGCACAGCAUGUGGGAAGAGCAAUUGAAGUCAAGAUCCCACCUUGAAGAGCGUGUUGCUCAGCUUGACAGGGAAAAGGCUGAACUCUUGGAACAGUGUGAGAGUGAAAGAAAGAAAGUGAAGAAGCUGGUAGAGUUGAAACGCCCAGUCGAACUGCGUCUGGACCAAGAAAUGAAAAGAAACAUUGAAUUGCAGAAAGACUGUAAGAGGUUGAAGAGGCUUCUGAGCAGAGCUAUGAAGAAACUACGUGUGUAUGAGGAGAAAGAGAGAGAGUCCCAGCUUAAUUUGCAGGGAGAAAUGAAGAACAGAUUUUCUGAAAUGGUCAAUGAAGUUGGUAGAUUGAGAACAAAGAUUGGUGAACUUUCCCAGCAGCUGGAGAUAGAGUCUAAAAAAUGCACACAGCUAGAAGCACAAAAUCAGGAUUUGCGAGAAGAGUUGUCCACCGUGCGUGGGAACCAUGAAAAACUGGAGAAGAGCAAAUGCCAGCUGAAAGAAGAGGUGGCUAACCUCAAACAUCGUUUAGAGACAAGCAUGGUGGAUCACAGCCAAAUAGAACAAUAUAAAAGAGAGAUGGAAGAACGAGCUGGACAAGAAAUAACGCAAAAACUACAGGAAGUCAAUCUAUUUUUGCAGACACAGGCAGCCUCCCAGGAGAGAUUAGAGCAAAUCAGAGCCAGUCAUCAUGCUUCCCUGAGAAACCAGCUAAAACACAGAAUUAGAGAUCUUGAAUGUGAAUUGGACAGGAUAAAAAAUACUCAACAAGACAAUGUUUUUCAAAAAGAAUCCACGCAGGCAGAAGUGGAAAGGUACAAAGAGCUCUAUCUGGAGGAAGUAAAAAUAAGAAGAUGUCUAGCAAAUAAACUGGAAAGAGCUAAUGAGAGACUAGCAGAAGCCAACGCUAAGCUCCUUCAGGAGCGCCAUAGAAGCAAGUCUUUAAUCGCAAGCAGCAUGGUCAGUGGAGGUCUGGCUUCAAGUCCAGUUCUGUAUUCAACUGAACUGGGACAUCUUGGCAACAAUUUGGCACUGAACAGAAGUCUGAGUCUAGGAGGAAGCUUCCUAAGCCCAACUGGGAACACGUUAUCAUCAAGAAACAGGGUUGAAGCCUAUGUGGCUAAGGUACGGCGGGAACUGGAUGAAAAAAUCACUAAAGAACUUGAACAGGCCACUGCUGAACUUGAAAUUGGAUCUGCUGGAGCUUCUCCCAUGGUAUCUACUGAUGGAUCUUCAAAAAAUUUCCAUGUUGACCAGGAUCCCCUUUGCAGGGCAAUACAGGACUACCGUGACGUUUUAACCAAAAAUUAUCUGAUUUGAACAAAAUGCUAGGGAAAGGCUCUGGAAAUAAUUUUGUUUACACAGUGCACCUGUGGUUUCCCAUCUCACAGUUCAGAUGUGAAAGCCUGUUUAUUGCUGUAUGAAUAUAAAUUCUAAGUCUAUUAAAUGGAUGUCAAGCACAUUACACUUAUUUGUUGGUUUAUUGAUGCAUAGUUGUUUUAUUUUGCACCUGCAAUAAGAACCAUGUCUGUUUUUUCUGACUAGCAGAUUGACUAAUCUUGAUUCUUGAGUUUGACAGAACUGUUAAAAUGUUUCUUAUUCAGUUAGAUGCAUUAUUUUGCUCCACUCAUGAUCUGUGUUUUAACAAAAGCAUUCCCUUUGUCCU